GCCGGCCAUGUUGAACUAUUGCGAUGGUGUGGAGUUGCCGAUUUGAAUAACAGCGCCAUCAUGUGGUACAAAUCUUGAACCAUAGAAAGAGUAAACAAAACAGUUGAGAAACGAUUGUCCAUUCUGUAUUUUUGGACGAGGUUUGGGUGGUGUACCGUGAGCAGUAGUUUUAUGAAUUCAUAUACAAUUUUUCAUUUCUUCGGCCAAUAAGUUGCGUUCAGACGAUGGCUUUUCGCUUUUUAAGGUUCGGUAUAAAGGCAGGGUUAUGUGGUGCAUUCGUUCAUUACACAAUUGAAGAAGGUGUAUGGGGAAAUAGUGAAGAUUCAGCUAAAUUGUAUGCGGACUUGUAUAAAAAUGUUGCACCUUACAUCAAGGAAGUCCCUGUUGAGGUGCCUGAACUUCCAAAAGUUGAAAAUAUCACACAUGCAUCUCAACAUUACUGGAAUCAAGGUGUCAAAAUUACUUUCACUUUUUUAAAGGAUUUACCUACUCAUACCAUUCAUUGGUCAAAGAAAGGGUGGGAAAUAAUGCAAAAAUUUGCAGAAUCUCCCAAGGCUGUAUCUGAUAAAAGUGAUUAGCAAUUUCCUCUUGAAUGUAUAUACAUGUAUAGUCAGUGUCAAUACACAAACAUAAAAUAAUAUUGUAAGUAACCAUCAUGUUUUUAUUUCCAUCAAAGGUUAACAGUUUUGUUCCCUGCUCAACAUUCAUUUCAGCAAGCACACCGUUCAGAAUUAAAAUUUCAUCCUGGCAUCACAGAACACAUUCAGGCUUUCAAUGUUAUACCAUAGUGCAUUGUAGCUGAACCACCACAGCUGCUCUUAUUACAUUGUGCAUCCUAUUACAUUUGAACACUAUUUUAUGUAAAGAGCUAUUUAAAAGGCAGUGAAACAAAAGAAUAUGGAAGUUUUACUCCAAAUGACACACUACUAAUGCAUUUUUAACACAUUUCCAACAUAUUUCAAGAAUACAUGUUAUAUAGUCCAGUUCUUUGUAAUAGGUUACACACUGCCAUUAUUUGUAAAAUUGUUUUUACAUGUGAGAGAACUUCAAUAAAAAUUUAACAAUGAAAACUACUUGCAACCUAGUAACGCUGAUCUUGAAAUUCACAAUUUCAAAGGAAACUAUGUUCUUAACAGAUCAUCAUAAAUAUUAAAUGCCAGCCCAAAUGUUUAUUCAAUACUUGCAUCAGUUUAAUUGCAGCAAGGUACUACAGUAAAUGAACACCUAUGGGGUUGGGGGUCUUGAGAAACGGGCAAGGCACAAUCCUCUAUCGACAAACAAGCCCUGAUAACCAGAACCCUGCAAUAAAGUUGCCUUUUUUCUUCUUUGAAUGCAACAAGUUUCUAUUUUAGAUUCAAUACAUGUAUAGAUCAAUUUGCAAACUAUAAGCUACCUGUAGAUAAAAGCCAACUAUUCAUGUAGUUAUGAAAAUUUCUUUGUUUCUUUCAUGUAUUCUUUCACAUUUAACUUUCCACAAGUUAUCUUGAAAUUAAAAAAAAAAAAACUUAAUUAGAAAAGAAACGUAAACUUCACAUUAAUGUCAUAUUCAAAAGAAACUAACUUUCACAUACACAUUGAACAAAAAAAAAAUAGAGAAAGUGCAAAGUUACAGCAUUUCAGGUCUUAUCUGAAAACAUUGAGGUUGAAGAUCUGAAACACAAAUGAAUUGUCCAUUCAGGAGUUUACUUCUAUGUAUUAAUGUCUACAUAUGCGUGAACAGUAGUACAAAAGAAAGGAAGAGGAAAAAUUAUAAAAACUCAGUAUAGAAUAAUCCUGCAAAUGAACUUACAACAUUCAUGUUCCACUGCCAACUUGCUAUGAAAGAAACCACUCUCAGAACCAAGUUGUGCUAACUAAAAAAGUUUUUCGCAAACAAAUUAAUGAAGUCUACACAACUUUUGUUCAAUAAGUUGUACUUGUUACAUAAAACAUCAAAAUCCAUUCCUAAACUACGGUUCUCAUGACAAAAUUAUAACAUUUUCUUAAGUUUUUAUCCGUAUUAUACAAACAGAAUUUAUACCAACUGGUGUAAUAUUUCAACACAGGACACAUUUCUUUUUGUAAGUCCAACAUAAGUAUUUCUUCCCCAACCCAUCUCACAGCAAAACAUUUCUAUUCUGAGAAGUGUCUGACAUUGAAAAUGGCAACCCGUCAUUUCUUCUAAUGGGUUUAAAAUGACUUAUUAACCAAAGCCACCAGAAAUGAAAAUAUAUUAAAAAUUUAUUCUCCUUUUGUCCAACAGUAGCUCUUGCGUGCUGCUUCAGUAUUCAAAACAUGAUUGUUGAGGGCAGGACAACCUAUCAGUGGAGAUUGUC